AAGUUUUGCAGGCAGCAUCGAUCCCAAGACGAAAUCGCGCCGUAGCCCGCUCCCCACGGCGCUGACGAUGUCCAAACUUUGCAUGAGAGUUACCUGAGCUUGGAGCAUUCUGUAGACACCAUUUUGGCCCAUCCAAAUGCGAGUUCGCUCGAGUUGCCCGUCCCAUUCCCCCGCCGCCGCCCUGAGAAAACUAUGACGGGGACCGCGUCUCCCGUCCCACAUCGCCCAAACUCGGAUGCGGUCGAUAGCGCCAACGGCCAGAACGGCCAGAACGGCCAUCCCAACGACGCCCGCCCAUCCACCCCCGACAGCGAGAUCGUCGACACCCUGAAGAUCCUCGAUCCGCUAGAACCAGAGCCUGAACCGGCCAGCGCCCCCUCGCCCUCUGCCAGCUCUCUGUCCGAUCCGCUUUCCGAACCUCCCUCCGACGAUGAGCUGCUUCCACCCUCGCCUUCCUAUGGCCACAUUGACCCUACAAUCGAGACCCCCGACGCCGAGUCUGCGCCCUCUGGAAAAGACGACGAUGCGCAACUUGACGGACAGGACGACGACGGUGAUGACGAUGGAGAACGCCCAGCGAAACGCCGCCGGGUCCGCGACCACACGCCACCACCCAAGACGCGAAAACCCAAGUUAGAGUCUCCGCCAUGGAAGAGGAUCGAAGCAGAGGGACCCACUACUUUUGUGGAAGAAGGCAGGAGAAGAUCAGGCCGCAUCAACUCGAUCCCCCCAGAGCUUCAGGUAAAGAAGGCCGCCAAGCCCAGGAAGUCUCGUCUUGGCCCUCAAACAAGCCCGCCGUCCAAGAAGAAGUUUGCGUCAACCUCCGGUCACGCGCCGGGAGCUGCAGAUGGCCAUCCCUCCAGAUCGUCCCGGCAUUCUGGCCCAUCCGGCAAAGCAACGGCUCCGCCAAAGCCUUCCCCCGCCGCGAAGGCGUCUGCUAAGAAGCCGGCGCCCCACGAUACGAGGACAUCCCAACGCACCCGAAGGCGAUCCCCCUCCCCUCCCCCCAAAGACCCCAAAGACACCCCUCCGCGCAUCUGCACGAACUCGUCGAUCAUCCCGACACACCCGAGACAGCCUUGACAAUGGCCCGCUCGAUAAGACUCCGGGCUCGGAUACCAGGCAGUCCGAGGGCUCCCGUACGGCUCCUAGGAUAAAGCUGCAUGUGAUACCCGCUACAAUGCCUUUUGUUCACCCAGCGCAAGCAAAGGCCAGACCUAAGCUUGGUCCCACAUUUGAGGAGUACUUCGAAACGGCACACAGCAUCCCUGUGGAGGAAGGUGGCCAGCUCUGCACCGACGAUGCGCCCCGGAUCACAGACGAGGCGGCCGCUGAGGAGGCGGUUUUACUCGACAGGAUCGAGAAGGAGGCAGAAGACGGUGGUCUCCUCUCCGAGGCCCGUUGCUCCAUCUACGCGCCCGAAGGCGCCGACGAACCCCCGCGCCAGUGGGCGCAUGCGGAUCACAUGGUCAAAGCAGUGGCCAACUUCAGAAGACUCAUGUUGAUGGAGCAGCAACGGCACCGGUCAACGGCGAGGAAAUUAGCAGAGGCGUGCCGGGACGAAUGGCUGCGGAAGCAGCCCAAGACUGCCGAGGAGCUGGAGCGGGAGGCUCAGGAACUGUGGAAAGGAACCUACUUCUCGGUAGUCCGGGCCCUUUUCGGCACCUGGGAGAACGUCAAGGUCGAGAUCAACCGUCGAAGACUAGAAGAGUGGGAGGCUGAAGAGCAACGUCGGGUCAAGGCUGCCCUGCAGGAGGCUGUGCAGAUCUCAGAGCAGAAGCUGCAGGCGAGGCGCGCGCACGCUGAUUCUGAUGGCAUGACGGACGACGACAGCGGCAUCGAGAGGUCCUCGGACGAGGAGGAUCUUGAUGAAGACGACGACAUGAUGUCUGGCCUGGAAAACACGAUGGCUGACUCUGGAGCUGCAAGUGAGGUGGAUGACGAGGACAACAUGUCGUCCUCUGACGACGACGAAGAUGCGAAAUCCGCCGUCUCUGAUGAAGGCCUCACGCAAGACCAGCUGCGCGAGAAGUAUGCUCACUUACCAGCUCUGGAGAUACCCGAAGGUGAUGGAGACACUCCCAAGACGCCUGUGGGAGGAUCAAGAGCUGGCGAGACGACGGGAAUGGAUGACGACACGAGCGACGAGUCCGUGGACAUGGACGAUGACCUCGGGUCUUCCGACAUGAACAGCGACAGCGAAGACGACGAGGCCUCGGGCGAUGAUGCCGAAGACCAAGACGACGACGGCGAUGAUGAUGGCGAUGACGAUAACGAUGCGCCAUCCAAUCUCCUGGGUCUUUUCUUUGGCAAGUCUGAACUGAAGAAGCUGAGCAAGCAAGCGCAGACUCCCGAAGACGAGACGCCAGCACAAGCCGAAGCGACCGCGGUCCCUGAGGACCAAGCCCUCGCCAGUCCCGACACCAAGGUGAAUGGGAUCAACGGGGUGCAGCCCGCCGACAGUGUUCACGGCCCCGACUCCAUGGCUGCGGCCAACACAUUGAUUUCGGUUCCCAACAGCAAAGCUCUUACCAAUGGUGGCCUUGGCCGACCCUCGACUCCCGCCAUGGGCGACAGUGCCAAGCUUCCAACUACCGCCCACCCAUCAACCCACGAACUCUCUAUACAUCCCAUCCCGGCGCACUCGCCCCUCGAUGAGGACAUGAUGCUUGACUCCGACAAGGAUACUGUUGACUUGGUUAUCCCUCCACAAUUCUCGCCCCUAACCGAGUGCCAGGAUGAGCCUCCUGAGCUGUCUCCUGAGGGUUCUAUCGUUGCUGAGGGUACCAUCGACCCUCCAGUCGUCGGGAACCUCCAGCCAUCGGAUGUAAUGAUGAGUGACGCCUUAUCUACGAUGAGCGCUGGUCCUAUGAAGGCGGAAGGCGCCGUCAUCCCUGCUGCGGCAGAGGGAAUUCCGUCGGGAGUCACACCUCCACACACAUCCCAGGUACUGGGCUCUCAAGACGUUUCAACCAUCAACGGGACACCAGGGCAUCCAUCACAGACAACUACCGCCCAAGCUGGUGAUACCAUGAAUAUCCCGCUAGCAGUAGAUACCACUUUGAUGGACGUCCCUCCCGACACUGGUGCAGGACCAGCGAACGGCCUACCAGACGUGGAAAUCACGGCACCCGAUUCGAGCGCCAAAGCCGCCAGCCCCGAGACGGAUAUCAACACGAACAAUGCCGUCAGUCGGGAUCCUAGUCAGUCGCCCCGUACGACUGACACAAAGCCUUCAGAGAUCGAUACCGUCACCUCGCCCGUGGAGCCUUCAGGGGCGCAGAAGGAACUCGGUCGCUCGACGUCGCCGCUUCCCAGUGGCGCCAACGCACCUAAAACCGAGAUCCCCUUCCUCCUGCGCGGGACUCUUCGAGAAUACCAGCACUACGGACUGGAUUGGCUGGCUGGUUUGUACGUCAACAACACCAACGGCAUCCUGGCGGACGAGAUGGGCCUGGGCAAAACCAUCCAAACCAUUUCCCUGUUGGCCCAUCUCGCGUGUCAGCACGAAGUCUGGGGUCCUCAUUUGGUUAUUGUUCCGACCAGCGUCAUGCUCAACUGGGAGAUGGAGUUCAAGAAGUGGUGCCCUGGAUUCAAGAUCUUGACAUACUAUGGCAACCAAGAGGAACGCAAGCGGAAGAGACAAGGUUGGACUAACGAUGACAUCUGGAACGUAUGCAUCACGUCGUACCAGAUGGUUCUCCAAGAUCAGCAGGUGUUCAGGAGGCGGAGGUGGCACUACAUGAUCCUAGACGAAGCUCACAACAUCAAGAACUUCAAGUCGCAACGAUGGCAGACGCUUCUUGGGUUCAACACUCAGGCUCGACUCUUGCUGACUGGAACGCCGCUCCAAAACAACCUUACCGAGCUUUGGUCUUUGCUCUUCUUCCUCAUGCCGUCGGAGAACGGCGUGGGCGGGUUUGCGGAUCUAAAUGAGUUCCACGACUGGUUCGGCAGACCAGAAUCGCAGAUUCUGGAGAGCGGGAGAGAGCAGAUGGACGAUGAAGCCCGGGCUAUUAUCUCAAAGCUGCACAAGGUCCUUCGACCAUAUCUGCUCCGCCGUCUAAAGGCCGAUGUUGAAAAACAAAUGCCAGCAAAGUACGAACAUGUUGAGCUCUGUCGACUGUCAAAGCGCCAACGCGAGCUGUACGAUGGGUUUCUGAGCCGAAGCGAUACAAGGGAAACUCUGGCGUCGGGGAACUACCUCUCGAUCAUCAACUGUCUCAUGCAACUCCGCAAGGUGUGCAACCACCCGGACCUCUUUGUCGACCGCCCUAUCAUGACGUCCUUCCGAAUGCAGUCGUCUGUGCCGGCACGCUUCGAGUCCACGGAGAGGCUCGUGCGCGACAAGAUGUUCGCCCAGCACCCGCUCGGCUCGGUCAGCCUGGAGUUCAUGAACCUGGUUCCUACCCGACAUGAGCGUUUCUCUGACGGCUUUGCCGCCAGCGUUGCCGAAUACAACUCCCACCGUAUCCUCUGCGAUCUCAAAGAAACACAGAAGAAACGAGCACAGAACGCGUUCAUGCCUUUGGAUCCUAGCACGGUGGAGUCCAGCAUCAUCUACCUGGAGAGCGCCUCGCGAUGGGGCCGCUUUGAGGAGUUGCAACACUGCGUCUACCUGAACGCUCUUCGCCGCCAGCAGCGACCGAUAUAUGGCACGCGCCUUGUCGAGCUUCUGACGAUUGGGGUACAUGAGCGGCCUUUCAAGCCAAGGCCCAAAGUCCCCAAGAAGGUCAUGGAGUGGUUCGAGAACGACUCGUUCCUCCUUCACAACGCGGUCCAAACGCUGGAUCGCCGGGCGGACGCAAUGGAGAUGACGAUUACAAAAUUCGCUUGCGUCACCCCCGCCGUCGUGACACGGGAUCUGACGCCGUUCCUGCUCGGCCGGAAGGGCGUCGAGGCCUUUGAGGACGCCGACCUGACGCUCUCAGCCCCGGUCAAGACGCUGCCAUUCAUGCCCCGUGAGCGCCCGCACGACCCCUGGCACGAGGCGCGCAUGCGUCUCUCGAUCCAAUUCCCCGACAAGCGACUACUCCAAUACGACUGCGGGAAGCUCCAGGCCCUAGACCGGUUGCUGCGGAAGCUGCAGUCUGGUGGGCAUCGAGCCCUGAUCUUCACCCAGAUGACCAAAGUGUUGGACAUCCUCGAGCAAUUCCUCAACAUUCACGGCCACAAAUAUCUGCGCCUCGACGGAGCAACCAAGGUGGAGCAGAGACAGAUCCUGACGGACCGCUUCAACCACGACAACCGGAUCUUGUGCUUCAUCCUCUCUACUCGGUCCGGCGGGCUCGGCAUCAACCUUACGGGCGCCGAUACUGUCAUCUUCUAUGACCAGGACUGGAACCCUGCCAUGGACAAGCAGUGCCAGGAUAGAUGCCACCGUAUCGGGCAGACGCGCGACGUACACAUCUACCGGCUCGUCAGUGAGCACACAAUCGAGGCCAACAUUCUGCGAAAGGCGUCGCAGAAGCAGAUGCUUGACGACGUCGUUAUCCAAGAGGGAGAGUUCACGACCGACUACUUCAACAAGAUCUCGAUACGCGACGUCAUGAACGACGGCGAUGGUGGCAACCCCAUUUUAGCGCAGGGCGACGAGGCGGCCAAUGCAGCCAUGGACCGAGUGCUAGGUGGGGUGGAGAGCACUGACACGCGCACGGCUGGCCGAGUCCUCGAGCGGGCCGAGGACCGCGAGGACGUGGACGCGGCGCGGGCGGCCGAGAAGGAGAUCCAGCAGGACGACGCCGACUUCAGCGAGAAGCCGCAGGUCCCGGCCUCUGGCGCGCCGAGCACGAGCGCGGGGACGCCCAGGGAUGGCACGCCGGCGGCGGGCAACAUCUUCUCGGACCCAGCGGGCGACGUGAACGCCGCGCCCGAGGCGGCCGCACCCACAGAAGCGGUCGGGGUGGAACAAAACGCUUGGGGAGAGCGGAUGCGGACUGUCGACGACCACAUGCUCGGCUUUAUGGCGGCGCAGCUCGAGGGGACCCCGCUGGAUCUGCCCAAGGACAAAAAGAAGAGCAAGAAGAAGGGCAAGGACACUCGGAAGAGGUAGCACUGGUGUCGGAUUUGACUGCAUCUUAUUUGGCCACACUCUUGAAGGACGAAGAAUGACGACAGCAACUGUAAUAUUUGACCACGAGCGAGCAGGACUGACCGGCUCGCCACAACACGACGGCCGUGUUGUAUUUUUACCCCCUCCACUUCUCAUGCCUUGGAUGCCUCCCGAGCGUGUUCCUCUUCCAACGUUUUAUCAUUGUCGGUUGUAUUCUCUUUUUUGGGGUUUGUGCUUGUGGUUGUUCAAAAAGCCGCGUGGGACCAUUGGGGAGAAGCAAAAAGAAAAAGGCGCCAUUGACAUUGGGAGUCGAUAGAUUGGGCAUGGCUGUGGUGCAUGGACAGGUAUCAUAUAGAAGCUCGAUUAUGAUCGAGUCACCCGGCGGGUCUGUCAAAUGUUCAACCCUCUCUCGCAGAUGUGCGUCCCUUGUGUCUGGACUCUGAACUGUUUGGCUUUGCUAUCGUGGAGAUUCUAUCACGGGGAAAGAAGCAAUUGGAAAACAAUGGGGAAAGGUCACCUCGGACAAGUGCUUUGGCGUCUAUUAAAGGAGCUAAAAUGAUGGAACACUAUAUCCCUCCUUUCCAUAUCAGCGACGGGAAAAGGGCGGAUAGUUCGGUGUGUCACGACGGCUCCUCGGGAUAGCCGACCUUGGCACACCCCUUCCUGCGCCGAAAGCCCUAGCAGCCCCAAUGCCUCAAAAAUUGUGGACGUGUGGCGACCCCGAUGCGCGCCGGCCCAGAUGCCACCGCCACCACCGC